UUCGGCUUGCCCCUACCUCCGACUCCCAUGGCUCCCACCACCGCUGCUGCUCCCGCCUCCACCGAAGGCUCGUUCCUCGUCAAGGCCGGCCUGGCCAAGAUGUUGAAGGGCGGUGUCAUCAUGGACGUGACGAACGUCGAACAAGCGCGCAUCGCCGAGGAAGCCGGCGCCGUGGCCGUGAUGGCCUUGGAACGCAUUCCUGCCGACAUCCGCGCGGACGGCGGCGUAGCCCGCAGCAGCGACCCCCAAAUGAUCGAAGCGAUCAAAAAGGCCGUGACGAUCCCCGUGAUGGCCAAGGUGCGCAUCGGGCACUUUGUCGAAGCGCAGAUCUUGGAAGCGGUCGAGAUCGACUACAUUGACGAGAGCGAGGUGUUGACGAUGGCGGACGACGAGAACCACAUCAACAAGCACAACUUCAAGAUCCCGUUCGUGUGCGGGUGCCGCAACUUGGGCGAAGCGUUGCGCCGCGUGGCGGAAGGUGCGGCCAUGCUGCGCACCAAGGGCGAAGCCGGCACGGGCAACGUCGUGGAGGCGGUGCGCCACGCGCGUGCCGUGCAGCGCGAGAUCCGCCGCUUGCAGUCGAUGGACGCGGACGAGUUGUUUGUCGCGGCCAAGGAGAUGCAGGCGCCGUACGAGCUGGUCAAGCAGGUGGCGGCGACGGGCAAGUUGCCUGUGGUGAACUUUGCUGCGGGCGGCGUGGCGACCCCUGCGGAUGCGGCGCUCAUGAUGCAGCUCGGCAUGGACGGCGUGUUUGUCGGUUCGGGCAUCUUCAAGAGCGGCGACCCGGCCAAGCGCGCCCGCGCCAUGGUGCAGGCCGUCACACACUUCCGCGACGCCAAGAUCCUCAAGGAGCUCUCGACCGACUUGGGCGAGGCCAUGGUCGGCAUCCAGGACUUGAAGGCGGCCAAGGUCAACUUCCGUGACCGCGAAGGCACGCUCCACGGCACGUGGUAAUUUAUCCGUCUAUUUGAGCACUCCAAUCCCACAACGUGUAUAUCUAUCUGCCGUGUCGACGUUGCCACAGAG